CUGAGAUAAAAGUAUUUUAUACUUGAGUAUAAAAAUAAAGUGGAAAUAUAUAUAUAUUACUGAUUAGAAGAAACAAAAUCUAAUUUCAUGAGUAAUAUUAAACAAGGAUUUAUUGCUGUACAUGUGGGUGCUGGACAGCAUUCUGCAUCUCUCAAAGAAAAAUAUCAAAAGUUAUGUCAUGAAGCAUGCAAAGUGGGAGCUCAAAGUUUGACAUGCAAUGGCAAUGCAUUAGAUGCAGUGGUAGAGACGGUGAUGGUGCUGGAAGAUUCUCCUAUGACAAAUGCUGGAUUUGGUUCAAAUCUCACCUUGAAUGGAACAGUAGAAUGUGAUGCAAGUGUGAUGGAUGGCAAUAAUUUGCAGUAUGGUGCAAUUGGUGCAGUUAGUGGAAUAAAAAAUCCAGUUUUGUUGGCAAAGCGUUUGUGUGAACAGCAAUCUAUUAAAUUUGCAUACGGCCGAAUUCCACCUAGCUUUCUAGUUGGAAAUGGUGCUCAUAUUUGGGCACAUGAAAUGGGCAUACAAACAUUACCACCGGAACAAUUAAUAUCUAUGAGAGCUCAGAAAAUAUAUAAACACUAUAAAAGAAAAGUAGAAGAUUGCAGUGUGGAGGCUCAAAAGUGUGUAAAGAAAAGGAUGGACACAGUAGGUGCAAUAUGUGUUGAUGUUGAUGGAAAUAUUGCUGCAGCUUGUUCGAGUGGUGGUAUAAUUCUAAAAUAUCCUGGAAGAGUCGGACAGGCUGGAGUAUGGGGUUGCGGUGCGUGGGCGUGCAAGGAUACUUCUUAUUCAGUGGGCGCUAGUACGUCAGGUUGUGGUGAACAUCUUGUGCGCACCUCAUUAGCGCGUACAGUUGCAGAAGCUAUUUCCAACACCUCUUGUCCGACUACGAGUCUACAUCAAGCGAUGAACGUAGAUUUUAUCGAUUCGAAAUUUCUCUAUGGGCUCGAACAAAAACUUGGCGGUGUUAUCGCUAUACGUUAUUCGCCACAAGAAGGAUUAGGUGAUUUUCUGUGGAGCCACUCAACAAAUUCCAUGAUAAUAGGUUACAUGAAUACAUGUCAACGCACACCAAUGAGCUACAUGUCGGCCUUACCAUCGCAUGAGGUAGGAAAGAAAGCUAUUGUCGAAGGUGUCUGCUUCAAGAUAAAAUCUGAAAGAGAGGUUGAAUAAGAGUAUAUUAUAUAUUACCUGAUUAUAAUUAUAGAUUAUAUAUAUCGCCUGUGAUGUUUUGUAAAAACAAGAUUUUGUAAAAAUAACUGGUAGCCUAAAAUACUUUAUAUAAAAUUUUUAUACGGAUUCGCGUCAAUUUGUUUCAUGGAGUUCAUACAUAAUAAUACUGCCAGAUUAAAUUGUUUUGCACAAUCAAUUUUGCGAGAUACACAUAUUUUUCUAAAUUUUUAACUUGUUAACUUGUGCAUACAAAAUACAAUGAAUCAUGAUGACAGUUUAAAAGUAAUUUUUACUUACAAUACUUAUAACUAUACUCUCUAUCCAUCAAAACGCACAUGAUUUAA